GCUCGCUCAGUGCGGUGCGGCCGCGGGCAGGGUGGGAGCGGAGAUGGAGAAACCGCGGCGGGCGGUGGUGGUGACGGGGUUUGGUCCCUUUGGAGAGCACGCCGUCAACGCCAGCUGGAUUGCAGUGCAGGAGCUGGAGAAGCUCGGGCUGCGAGAUGGCGUGGAUCUGCAUGUCUAUGAAGUCCCGGUGGAAUAUCAGACAGUGCAGAGACUCAUCCCUGCACUGUGGAAAAAGCACAGUCCACAAUUGGUGGUGCAUGUAGGUGUGUCGGGUAUGGCUACCACUGUCACUCUGGAGAAGUGUGGCCAUAAUGUGGGUUAUAAGGGCUUAGACAACUGCCGUUUCUGCCCAGGCUCUCAGUGCUGCGUCGAAGGCGGCCCAGAGUGCAUCGACUCCAUCAUUGACAUGGACGUGGUUUGCAGGAGGGUCUCAGCACUGGGGCUGGAUGUCACCGUCACCAUCUCUAAGGAUGCUGGCAGGUACCUGUGUGACUUCACUUACUACACUUCCUUAUACCAGAGCUGCGGGAGGUCGGCUUUUGUUCAUGUGCCUCCGCUGGGGAAGCCGUACAGCGCGGAGCAGCUGGGCCGGGCGCUGCAGGCCAUCAUCGAGGAGAUGCUCGACGUUUUGGAGCAUUCUGAAGACAAAAUCAAUUGUCAGCACGAACACUGAAAGCAGGCGGGAGCCGUCCUGCUGUUGCACUUCCUAAACUUCCCCCCCUGCCGCUGAGGUGUGGGAGGAACGCUGUGUGCGAGACGUACGGAGCGAGGAUUGGAGACUUCAAAAAUGGAAACCCCACGUCCAGAAAUUGACUUUGUUUUUUUUCUUUUUUCUCCUUUUUUUUUGGUCAAACGUGCGUAUUUCAAUGAAGAAAUCGAGAUCCCUUCUCUAACACAACACCUGCAGCUGCUCAUUCCUGGAGCACGCGUGCCAUGCUUUCCCCACAGCUCAUCUCUGGCCAAGCGAUGGCUGCUGAGUGCUGCCAGCCUGCACAGAAGGGAAGCUCCUUGGCCAGGCUCAGUGUUUGGGUGCAGGGAAUCGAUAACCCCGUCUUCUAACGACUGCUUGUUGAGUUGGAAGGUUUGCUUUCCUUCUGUCUCAUUUUGUUUCUCCUCGUUGGCCCAAAUUGUAGGUCCUAAUGCGAAAGUGCAACUGAAAUUAGUUGGGACGGCGUGAGAAAACGACAAAACUGCUUGCUGGGGACGAGGGGCCUCAGAAACUGCUUUUGAACGGAGAAGGUGGCUGCCUUCUCCACGGGGGCCUUGCUGCUGCGGCUGCAGGUGGAAAGGCUGCGUGUUGGGUCGCGGCUCAGAUGGCUGUUUGUACAUGGAGCGAUCUGAGCUCACACCAAGUCCUUCCAGGCGUCCUCAGUGCUGGCUCAGGGCUGCCCUCCCGGCCCCACGCUGCGCUCAGCUCCCGGCUCGCUGCGGAGGAGCUCUGCUAAAGGCCACUUUCUCCGCAGGAGAUCUUUAUCGCGAUCUCUUGGUGCUGGCUGUUAUUUUUAAGGCGAAGGCUGAGUAAUUUAUAACUUCCUUCGCUGUGAACUUUUGUUCUCGUUGAAGGUUGGGUGGGGAGUAAUGUUUAACUUCGGUGCCCAUCGCUGGCGCUGCCACGUGGCUGCCAGGGAGAGCUGCCAAAGGGCACCUCGCAUCUCAGAGCUGCUCUGGGAGCCCACACGCAGCUGCUGGCCGUUUGCAUGUAAAACCACGUACAGAAUAAUCUUUGUGCAAGGUUUGGAGCAUCGUUCCUUCUGUUUUCCUGGUGAUGAAUGGUUCUGCCGCAGUGAGGAUGGGCGUCGGGUCCCACAGCAGAGGCACUGGGUGCAGGGAAUCAUAGAAUGCUUUGGGUUGGAAGGAUCGUGAAGCUCCAACCCCCUGCUGCACGCAGGGCUGCCAGCCUCCACCUUUCACACGGUGCCAGGCUGCCCAGGGCCCCAUCCGACCUGCCUUGGGUGCGCGGGGGGAACGCUGUCCUGCCCCACUUUGCCUUCCAAGUCAAUGCUGUCCUUGGCACUGGGACACCACGCAGUGCCCGUCAGGUCGUGGCAGGCUUUCAGAUGUGUAAUUUAUUCUAUUUAAUAUUUAGUUUAAGUAUCUGUGGCUGGGGGCAGCUCCCAAAUAGUUGAGCUCUUCGUGCGGCUCCGCUGCGCUUGGGAGGAGCUGUUGGUCUGUCGUAGCUGCUGGGCUAUGAGAGGGGAGAUGCUGUGUUGGGUCUUUGUGGCAGAGCUCCUGUGCUGGCAGUCCCUUAGAAACGUAAUUUAUUGUAUAAUCUUCUGGGUUUCCUGAUUAUUUUGUGGCUGGUUAGUCCUCAGAGGGUGUCGGGGCGGUAGCGGCGUUUCGGGUAGCGAAACCUUUUAAAGAUGGCGCUGAGCUGAGUUUGUUUAAUCUGACCUAAAUUAAACGCUUUUGCUUUGUUUUUAAAGCUUUUUCGUUGUUGUUGUUGUUGGAUGAACUGAUUCUGAGCGCUUCUCUGCCGUCGGUGAUGGCGGUGGCUCCUGGGGGUCUGUGCAGCUCGGGCUGUUGGUGGUUCAGAAGCGAUGCGGGGCUGCUGAGCGCUGCUUUGUCUGCCAGGUAUCAGCGGAGGGGAUUUGCUGGUUUGCACUGAUGGAGCCCCACUGCUGGCUGCAGGUGGGCGCACGAAGGAGCGUGGGUCGGUCGGGUUGAGCGCUGGCGGCGGCGCCUGCGGUCGGUGAUGUUUGAAGGCGGUGCUUCAGGAUCAGAAUCGUCUGUGGUGGUGCGCUGAGAAGUGGGCUGAGGGCGUUUUGUGUGGGAGAGAGAAUGAGGGGGGUUCCCUUGUGGGCUCCGGUGCCACGUAUUGAGGUGGUGGUGGAGGGGAGCGGGGCUGGCUGCGGUGCUGGGGGGGUCGUUGGUGUCAGGGUUUUGGUUAUUAAACGCUGCGGAAGGCGUUGAGGAGCUCCAGGUACCCGAGAACUCCUUCGUCCCUGGGGGGCUGCGAUGUGGGGAGGUGUUGCCUUUGGGCUCCACGCGAUCAUCUGUUGUACGAAACAGCAAAAAGGAAAUACGAGCUUCAAAGCUCCUUUACCUGCAGGAUGCUCGGUGGGGAGGCUGAGGGCGCAGCCCAAAGCUGCUGGCAUCUCUGCGUCACCGCGGUGCCAAACCCAGGCGUGGCAGAAGCAGUUCUCGCUGAUUUGGAGCUCUCCCCAACCCGACUGUGUCCGAGCACAGCAGCAGCGGGGAGGGACAGAAGUGUGGAGGGAUGGUGGGAGGUGUUCCGUGGUUGUGGUGUGGGGCUGAGGGUGGAGGCUGAGAGCUGUGAGAAGAGCCCAGAGCGGAUUCAAACCGAGCACCGUCUCCAUGCAGGAGCAGAGGGGGGUCUGCAGGGGGGAGCCGCUUUCCUUCAUGUUUACUGACCUCAGCAGCGCGCUCAGGUGUCGCUUUCGGAGUCUCAGCACCUCGCAGGCAAUGCUGAACCUUCCAGUGCCUCAGUUCCAGCACAGGGUGCUGUGCUGCUGCGUCCCGUGGCUCUGAAUUGGGCUGCUUGAAGCGGGUGCCGGUGGGCAGCAGGGGGCUCUUUGCAGCAGCAGCCCCGGUGCUCUGUGGCAUAAGUGCACUUACAGGUUGUGUCCGUGCCUGGUUGGUGCCUGACGUGGCCCCGGUGGUGUUUGGCCAGACCUCCAACAAAGCUGAGGAUGCUGGCAGUUCAUUGAGCGAGCAGAAAGCCGAGAGCUGCUCUGUCCAUCUGUCUUAAGGCAAAGCAGAGAAGCAAACCCCCAACAGGAAUUAACGCUAGGGAACGAAGCUGCGCGCUGCCCUCAAACACAGCUCCGUGCUCCUUAACCACGCGUUCAGGUUUCACACUGCACCAGCUUCUUCCAUUGCAAAUGUUUACUUUGAUGAACAGGGAGUGCCUUGUCCUGCGCUGGGGGAGCAGAGCGGAGCGUUGGGGGCUGAGGGCCCAUCUGGGGGGUUGGGGGCUCCGAGCUCCUUCACCCCUUGUGCUCUCCAGGAGCCACACUGCAUUGGGCUCUGGGGGUUUCCUGCAACGCACUGGGAACAAAGGGAAAGGGGGGGGGAUCCUCAUUGCUUGGGGAGAGCGAACCUUUGGGGUUCUGUCUGUCCUGAGGUGCUGUGUGUCCCAGUGCUGCUCUGCCCCCCGCCCUCCUGUUGUGCCGACGUCGCUGUGGGCUGAGUGGAGCUCUCUGGUGUUGCCCAUCUGUGCUCGCAGGACUCCUGGAGCUACAGCUUCAAAUCUGUGGGGGCUUCUGUUCUCCACAGUGUGUUCUUGCAGUGCCUUGUAACCCCUACCAGUCUGUGUGCCACGAAGGGCUGUGUCACGAAGGGCCGCUCGCAUUCCCUCUGCUCGCUGUUGCUCCACUGGACUUUGUAACUGAGAACUUAAACCCGUGUUUCAAAGUAAAUAAAGAGUUUAACUCUGCCUCGCA